AUGUCGAACGGAAAGACUUUCACGCUGAGCAAUGGCGUUAAGAUGCCCGGUGUUGGUUUCGGUACCUUCGCCAGCGAGGGCUCCAAGGGCGAGACUUACCGGGCCGUCACGACCGCCCUCGAGACCGGAUACCGCCACUUGGACUGUGCCUGGUUCUACCUCAACGAGGAUGAGGUUGGUGACGGUAUCCAUGACUUCCUCAAGAAGAACCCCUCGGUCAAGCGUGAAGACAUCUUCGUCUGCACCAAGGUCUGGAACCACCUCCACCGUCCCGAGGACGUCCAGUGGUCGGUCGAGAACUCCCUGAAGAGACUCCGACUGGACUACGUUGAUCUCUUCCUUGUCCACUGGCCCAUUGCCGCCGAGAAGGAGGACCAGGAGCACCCCAAGAUUGGCGCCGACGGCAAGUACGUCAUCCUCAAAGAUCUUACUGAGAACCCCGAGCCCACAUGGCGCGCCAUGGAGAAGCUCUACAAGGAAGGCAAAGCCAAGGCCAUCGGUGUCUCCAACUGGACCAUUGAGGGUCUUGAGAAGCUGCUCAAGUACGCCGAGGUGAAGCCUCAUGUCAACCAGAUUGAGGUCCACCCCUUCCUGCCCAACACCGAGUUGGUCGACUACUGCUUCAAGCAUGACAUCCUCCCCGCGGCCUACUCGCCCCUGGGCUCCCAGAACCAGGUGCCCACCACCGGCGAGCGGGUCAGCGAGAACAAGACGCUCAACGAGAUCGCCGAGAAGGGCGGCAACACCCUGGCCCAGGUGCUCAUUGCCUGGGGUCUGCGUCGCGGCUACGUUGUGCUCCCCAAGAGCUCCAACCCCGCUCGUAUUGUAUCCAACUUCAAGAGCAUCAACCUGACCGACGAGGACUUCGCGGCCGUCAACAAGGUCGCCGAGGGCCGUCACUUCCGCUUUGUCAACAUGAAGGACACCUUCGGCUACGACGUGUGGCCCGAGGAGACCGCCAAGAACCUGUCUGCUUAA